GCCCACUCGAGCGAGCCCGUCCUCCGCUCCCGCUUGGAUGGACAUUGAGUGUGUAGUGUCAGUCAGUGCGGGACAAAGGAGCCGCAGACAUGUCGUCGUCCUCAUCCUCCGAGCAGUACGAAGAGGGCGAAUACGAGAGUCAGCCCAAGAGACUGAAAAGCAAUCAGGAGGACGGGGAGCUGGACUAUGACUCGGAGGAGCAUGAGGAGUCCUAUUCCGCUACAGAGAGCAGUGCUCGGGGCGCAGCCGGCCAUGGGGACGGAGGUGGGAACCAUCACAAGGUGUCAGUCUCUCCAGUAGUGCAUGUUCGAGGGCUGUGUGAGUCUGUGGUGGAGGCUGACCUGGUGGAGGCGCUUUCUAAAUUUGGCACCAUAUGUUAUGUGAUGAUGAUGCCCUUUAAGCGCCAAGCUCUGGUUGAAUUUGAGGAUACUGAAUUUUCAAAGAAAUGCGUGACUUUUGCUAGCAAAGAACCAGUCUACAUCGCAGGACAACAGGCAUUUUUCAACUACUCCACAAGCAAACGGAUUACCAGACCAGCAAAUACUGAAGACCCAUCUGGUGGCAACAAAGUCCUUCUUCUUUCCAUCCAGAAUCCCCUCUAUCCAAUUACAGUGGAUGUCCUUUAUUCUGUCUGCAACCCUGUAGGAAAAGUGGAACGCAUAGUCAUUUUUAAGAGAAAUGGAAUUCAAGCCAUGGUGGAGUUUGAGACUGUGCUUAGUGCCCAGAAGGCCAAAGCUGCACUGAACGGAGCAGACAUUUAUGCUGGAUGCUGCACACUAAAGAUAGAAUAUGCCAGGCCCACGCGCCUCAAUGUUAUUCGGAACGACAAUGAUAGCUGGGAUUACAGCAAACCCUACUUGAACAGACGAGACCGGGGCAAGGGGCGCCAGAGACAAGCCAUUCUGGGCGACCAUCCGUCAUCCUACAGAUAUGAUGGAUAUGGAAAUCAUGGCCCAUUGUUACCAUUGCCAAACCGCUACAGAAUGGGAUCUAGAGAUACCCCAGAGCUGGUUUCUUAUCCUUUGCCUCAGACAUCUUCAUACAUCUAUGGUGGACCUCCGCUUGGUUCAGUAGCCAUGGUUAGUGGCCUCCACCAAGAAAAGAUGAACUGUUCUCGGGUGUUUAACUUGUUCUGCUUAUAUGGAAACAUUGAAAAGGUAAAGUUCAUGAAGACUAUUCCAGGCACGGCCCUUGUGGAGAUGGGUGACGAGUAUGCUGUGGAAAGAGCAGUUACUCAUCUCAAUAACGUGAAGGUUUUUGGAAAGAGACUUAAUGUUUGUGUGUCAAAACAGCACUCCGUUGUUCCAAGUCAGAUAUUUGAACUUGAAGAUGGUACAAGUAGCUAUAAAGAUUUUGCAAUGAGCAAGAAUAAUAGAUUUACUAGUGCUGGCCAAGCUUCGAAAAACAUAAUCCAACCGCCAUCUUGUGUUCUGCACUACUAUAACGUUCCAUUAUGCAUGGAAGAAAGUAUCUUCCAAAAGCUCUGUGAGGAUCACCAAGUUCCAAAAUUCAUCAAGUACAAAAUAUUUGAUGCCAAACCAUCUUCAAAAACGUUGUCCGGUCUGCUGGAAUGGGAAUCAAAGACUGACGCAGUGGAAGCGCUCACUGUAUUAAACCACUACCAGAUCAGAGUACCUAAUGGCUCCAAUCCUUACACAUUGAAAUUGUGUUUCUCCACCUCCUCUCACCUGUGAAGCCUUUGUCUCAGAGGACCCCGAGCACCCGUUCCGUUUUAUACUCUGCAUGAUCAUCAAUGCCUUGCAAUGGUUACAUCUUAUUGGGUGUUUUAAGCAGCACUACAUGUUUCUAAUAUUAUUUAACAUUGAUUUGUUUUUAUAAUUAUAAGCGUCAUUUUUAGUGAAUGCCAAAAAUGCAGUAUCUUUCCAGGCCUGUUUGUCACCUCCCUGACCUUACAAUUCCAGGUCUGUAUUUUAAAGACUAACCUAUUUUAAUGUUAGGAUGCAAUGUACAGAUUUAGUCUGUAUUAAAUAUGAAAUUUAUAUCCCAGCUGGUAAUUGGGGUUUUGGACAUGUCACUGUUGGGAGACCGGAAGGAAUAGGUUACAUACAGAUGUAGUAGAGUUAACACUCAUGCUUUAUGAGCUGACUCAUCUAAACUAAAUGCGUUAAGCAAACACCUUCAAUUGCUUUUCAAUGGCUUUUGUUUCAAGAUAACACGAUGAGUUAAGAAAUUUGAGUUAAGAGUUUGAGUGUUAACCCUGCUACAUCUGUAAUUGGUAAUACAUAGAAUUCCUGGGGAGUAGCACUGCUGGUUUACAUAAACCAAUUGUGGAUGUGAUCCAAAGAAUGAAUAGAGAGAACAGUUUCACCGAUCCUGCAUCCCAUGACACUACUGAUAAACCCCCCCCCCCCCCCCCAACGUAUGAUAACUAUUGCAUCAUAUAGGCUGCUAUGUGGGUGUGUAUAUAAGACUUUCCUUCCAACCCGAAGCCACUGGUCUUGGCCAUACACAUUUAAUAGCUGUUGGCGGAAAUCCUCCCAGCCUCCCCAUACAUAUGAUUGCUCUGUUCAGCUAAGUGUGCAUGUAUUCUGGAAGGGGAGAGGGGAGAAAGCUGCUGUUUGACAACCCUGUCUUGUCUCCUUUGAGGAAACAAAAAGCAUCAGACAUGUUGGAAUUUAACAUGAACAGUCCCCUUUCUCCUCGCCAACAACUGAACAUCCAAUACACAUUAGCUGUUUCGGUGUAUUGCCAGCAUAAACCUCUUUUACGACCAAUUUUAACAAGGAUUUAAUGUUACUGAAUUAGAAAAAUCAGCUGAAUGCUAGCCCUUAAAGAUUAUGCACAGAGCCAUACCGAUACCUCCAGAGUCCACGGGUGUGAAGCUCAUCUCUCCGGGGAGCAUUGCUUUUAGGGGAGAAAGUUGCCCUAACAUAUGGAGUCUGAUGGAGCACGCCAAUAUUUUUUCUCCAAGCAGGAAAGGCCUCCCGAUGGGGGUAGAGUAGAGGCCUCGGACCUCUAUUACAACGCUGUACAAUGCGGCCUGUGGAUUGGUUAAUCUUGGUUAUUAUGAAUGGCCACUAACGGGCUCUGCUCUAUUGCCAUCUGUAUAUUUGAAACUCUAUCUGUAGUUCCUAAUAUGCAGCCGUUCUGUUACCACGUACCUGCUCGAUAUUCCAGUUACACCCACUACAGAUGAUUUUAGGGUUUAUCGGGACAAUUUCAUUAGUUAUAAGUGUAUGAGAGCCAUGCAGGCGGUGACUUUAUCUGUCCCGAUUUUAGGAACCUUCUGUUCUUGUAGUAUGUGAUCAGUAUUAAAAGCUUCUAGGAAAAGCUAUAUAGAUGAUAUACAAUUAAAAAUAGUCACUUUGAAUGGAAUCAUAUUUCAUGAAGAUAGUGAUUUGGUUUUGACAGUAUUUGGAAUAAUUGUUUCUGGGCAUCGUGUAAUGUAAUACACACAUAAAUCUACCAUACUUCUGUUCAGGACAUGGGAAUUAUGUGGCUGUGCCUCUCCAUAUGUCCAGGCCUGGGACACCUCUAUAAGCUGGAGGAGAAGUCGCUUAUUUAUAGGGCACUGCUCAUACAGACUUUUCCUUUUCUCUUGGAUUGAGAUUUUUCAAAGCUGGUCAUAUCUCAGCCAAGAGGAAAUAUAAGGAAGGAAACAUCUGUGGGUUUAUCUUUUGGCUCUGUUCACAUCUGCAUUGUUCACGUGUUGUUCUGGUUUGUCAGAUGGCCCACCAGAGUACCAAAGGAUCCUCCGGGGGUACAGGCUCUAACCAUAGUGGGCCCCAAAACUCCAAUAGCAAAAAAAAUAUGUUAUGUCGAGCAGACACCAGGGACUAAUGUAUGUGGUCAGCAAUAAUGUCAAUCGCAUACUUUUACCCCCCUAAUGAGGAUCGGGGGAUCCGGAGUGUGAAUAUACAAUCAGGUCCAUAAAUAUUGGGACACUGCCACAAUUCUAACA